UAGUUUAUUAUCUAAUCUGUUCUUUUUUCACACAUUUUGCACACUCAAACAUUUGUCGUUUAAUGUUUUUGUUUUUAAUUUUUAAAUAGUGAACAUGACUCAGCUUUUCUCUCUACAGUAUCUUUUAAUCAGGCAGUGCACCUCGCGUUCACAAGUUUAACAGUUGUUUUGUUGUGCAAAUAUCAUUUGUUUGUUUACUUAAACAGUGCGCCGCAAAGCAAAAAACUUUGAUUUCACCACGCGCUUCGCGAACGCCCAAUAGACAAAUUUAUCGCAUUUAUCGAACAGGAUCGACCAGGUGGCAACGCCGUACAGAUAUGCAACCGAAAUCCAUCGUUAAUUGGUCAUUUUGAAAUUUCCUAUUAAAAUGGCGUCGCCAGUCGCCGCCAUGGACUUUGACGAGAUACUCAAGGAAAUUGGCGAAUUCGGUCGAUACCAGAGAGUGAAUUAUUUACUCAUUUGCCUGCCCGUGCUCUUCGCAGCUGCCAACAGUUUAUCGUAUGUUUUUACGGCUGGCAUACCAAAAUAUCGUUGUCAUAUAGACGAGUGUGAGGUGCAAGAUCAGACGCAAUAUCAGACAGAUUGGCUGGAUCAUGCCAUACCAGGCACGCGGAAUAAACAUGGAUACUUCACUCCAGGUGAUAUGUGCAGGCGUUAUGCACCCAACAGCACUGCAAACAACUGGCAACCCUGGGAGCAUCCAGAAAGCCAAUGGAUAGAGACGCAGGAGUGCAAUCCAUCGUUGUUUUUGACAGAACAAACACAACGAUGUCAGCAGUUUGUUUACGAAAUUGGAGAGUACACAAUUGUGCAGGAAUGGCAGUUGACGUGCAAAGAGAAUACGUGGAAAUUAGCAUUUGUUGGGACCACCCACUUUGCCGGUCUCGUUAUUGGCACCGCACUAUUUGGCUAUCUUGCCGAUCGCUUUGGUCGCAAAUAUGUUUUUCUGUUCUGCACCAUUUUCAUGGGAUUAACUGGAAUAGGGCAAGCCCUCGCCUGGGACUAUAUCAGUUUCCUGAUCUUUGCCUUAUUGAAUGCCGUGGGCACAUCCGGCGUUUAUCCUUUAGCCUUCAUUAUAGGUGUGGAAAUGGUUGGACCUCGUAAACGUGAGAUGACCUCCAUAGUACUCAACUAUUUCUAUGCUGUGGGUGAAGCGCUGGUGGGUUUGGCCGCCUGGUUGCUGACUGACUGGAAGCAUUUACAGUUGGCACUCUCCAUUCCGCCGCUAUUCUUUGUUAUCUAUGUCUGGCUAGUGCCGGAGUCUGUGCGCUGGCUGCUGGCACGGAACGAGCAUGAAAAGGCGGGUGCCAUCAUUAGAAGGGCGGCUCAUGUGAAUCAACGAGAGUUGUCUCUGGAGCUGAUGGCCAGUUUUAAACAGCAGAAUUUGAAUGCGACGGAUAAGCAACAGUUAUCGUCAGAUCAAGAGCAGCGUCAGAUUUGGGCGUCCGUCAAACAAGUGUUUGGCUCCCAUUCGUUGAUCUGGCGAUAUAUACUGCUACUCUUCAUUUGGGCUGUCAAUGCCAUUGUCUUUUAUGGUCUCUCGCUGAACUCGACCAAUCUCAGUGGCAACAAGUACUUAAAUUUCGCUCUUGUCUGCUUAAUUGAAAUACCUGGUUACAGCUUGGCCUGGUUGUGUCUGCGAAAAUUGGGACGACGUCUUGCGCUCUCUGGUUCCCUUUUGCUCUGUGCUGUCACCUGCGCGGCCAGUGGAUAUAUGACUUCGGGUCAAAAUUGGUUAAUCAUCACACUCUUUUUAAUUGGCAAACUGGGAAUCACUUCAUCGUUUGCAGUUAUCUACACUUACACAGCGGAAAUGAUGCCCACGGUUAUACGCAGCGGCGGCGUUGGCGUCAUGUCCACCUUUGCUAGAUUUGGUGCCAUGUUGGCACCCUUUGUGCCUCUCCUGGGGACCUAUUAUGAGCCCCUGCCUAUGCUAUUAUUUGGUGGCACAUCAAUGCUUGCUGGAUUGUUAUCUCUUUUGCUGCCGGAGACCUUUCACAAAAAACUUCCCGAUACGGUUACAGAUGCAAUUAUGCUGGGAAGCAAAAUGAAGCUUAACAACGAAAAUGUCAACAAUUGCAUAGAAAGUCAGCAAAAUGAGUCGAUUAUUUAAUUUUAAUUGACACUAUAGUAUCUCAUCCAGUACAAAUCACUAGUAGUAACGUGGAGACUUCAUAAUUAACGAACAUUUUCUGUUAUAAUAUUUAGUAGAUUUAAUUACAUAUAUGCUUAUGCAUGAACGAUUUUUUUUUAAAUAUGAUGAAC